AGCUAUGAAUAGCAUACGACUUGUGGGUAUGGUAUAUAUCUGUGUACUUCAAGUUGCAGUGUGCAGGAUAGGUACAGGCAGCACAUUUAUCUUGUCGUUCACUGGCCGUGAUACUGUGUUGUCAAAGUCAUCGGUACCCUCCGAUCAACUAUAUAUAGCGGGGAGGCUGUGCAGGAGCUCGGCAAUUCCAUCCGUUGAAGAGCAUGUUCGGUAAUGCUAUUGCCUGAUCUUCUCUGGACAGGAUCAAUUGAGUGCCAAGCGAGGAUCAUCCAUCUUGUAUUCUUUCGAGUGACAUCAUCGACCGAACAUCCUCUGGAAACAUCGAACUACGGAGUACUCCGUAAAGCAUUCCGCAACAGCUUCUUGGAGAAGUGCGUCAACAAUAAUCGCCGAGUCAACAAAUAUUGCUCCUCCCUAGCAUACGGAGGAUCCACAUAUACAAAGCCCAACCUAAAACCAGGGUCCAGUGUGGCGGUGAAAGUGCAGAAGAAUAGAAUGACAGUCCCCGCAGACAAGUCUGGUAGCGAUGAACAAACCGCUUCUUGGCAGCUCUCCGAACCCAUAAUCUUCUUUCCUCUUUGUUCCAGGCAGCUUCGUUCCCUGUCAAUAUAUUGGUGUCAUUCAUACGUUGAUCAGCGGGUUGCACCCGAUUUCCACGCCAGCCGUGCUUGGCAUAUGUCGCCCGAAGGAGGCUUAGAGUUUCAACAGCUCUCAUUGAAGGCAGAUCGCUAGCAUCCCGAGUGAUGGAACUGCGAUGUAUGGUGCAUGCGGAGAACUUCCCGUCUGGGCAAGCUCUAGUUUCGGGCAACGAGAUCCUUAUAUAUAGAAAUUUUGCGACACGAUCGAAAUGGCCAUAAAUAUGCGUCCUCGCCCGCCUCCAAUUGCUCAUAGCAUCAUCAGCUUCGAUUUCAAUUGCAUCGCGACGACGGAAUCCAACUACAUUCGGAACUCUUUAUACCCCUAAACAUCUA